AUGUCGCUCGAUGCAAUACAGCCGGUAUACGGAUUUACAGUCGAUCAGAUAGAACGUGAGUUGGGUCAACGGACCACAGUAAGGCUUGCAAGUGGAGAAGAAAUCGACGGCUAUUUGUACAAUGUUGACCCAAUCACACAUACAAUUUUUCUACUGAGGUUGGAAAGUAAAUCCAUGGACAAGGAAACUCUUCCUCCAAAAUACAAGCUCUCAGUAAUCAUGCGUCACGCUGUUGCGGCAUUACAAAUUCAAGACGGAGACGAUCGUCUUUCGCAGACAGUUCUUGACUCUGUCAUAUCCGAUGAGGCGAAAGGCUAUUUUCAAAAUUCAGAAAAAAUUCAGCAGCGAAAAGAGAAACUAAUAUCUACAUUUACUAAGAAUAGAAUCCAAAUUACACAUACGCCUGAAGACCCUGAUAUUCAUAUAAUGGACAGAGCACAUAUAUCACCGCCAUACGUUCCGGACUCUAUCCAAUGUGAUAGCGAAAUAAUUCUUAGGCGUAUAAAAGAUAUAAUUACACAACUCUAG